AUGACCGCUAGCGCUGCUCCAAGACUAUUAUUCCUACACGGGUUUUUGCAAAAUGGUAAAGUAUUCUCAGAGAAGUCUUCCGGUAUCAGAAAGUUGUUGAAGAAGGCUGACAUACAGUGCGAUUAUAUCGAUGCUCCAGUUAUGCUUGAGAAGAAAGAUUUGCCAUUUGAAAUGGAUGAUGAAAAAUGGGCUGCAACUCUAGAGGCAGAUGUCAACAGAGCUUGGUUCUAUCACAGUGAAAUCUCCAAAGAACUGGACUUGACUGAAGCUAUUAACACCGUUGCUAAUCAUAUAAAGGAAAAUGGGCCAUACGAUGGUAUUGUUGGAUUUUCUCAAGGUGCUGCUCUAUCUACUAUCAUCACUAACAAGAUCUCUGAACUGGUACCUAGUCAUCCAGAAUUCAAAGUCAGUUUAGUCAUUUCUGGUUAUUCAUUUACUGAACCAGAUCCAGAAAAUCCAGGUCAAUUGAGAAUCACAGAAAAGUACAGAGAAUCAUUCAAGCCAAACCCUGAAUCACAAACUAAAAUGCUAUUUGUAUAUGGUGCCUCCGAUAUGGCUGUGCCUUCUGAGAGAUCCAAGUAUCUAUACAACUUGUACAAGGAAUCUUUUGGAGAAGAUGCGGAAGGUACAAAAUUGCAUGCAUUUGAACAUCCAGGUGGCCAUAUGGUUCCAAACAAAAAGGACAUUAUCAGACCAAUUGUUGAACAAAUUACAUCAUCUUUAUAG